AUGGGCACUGAGAUCAUCUCGGCCACGCUCUUCUUCAACAAGCUCACCGGCGCAUACGGCCUGCUGGCCAUCCUGACGGGUUACUCGUUGUCCUUCAUCCAGCUUUCAGCAUACUUGUACAAUGUCGCAAUCCUUGUUCUUCUCGCAAUCUGCAUCCCGCAUAUCCGCCGCGAAACGCCGUUGCCAAACCUGGUCCUCGCUUGGGCCUACACAAUCGAUACCCUCAUCAAUGCGGCGUACACGGCGACAUUUGCCCUCCGAUGGUACUUUGCAUCGAGCUCGGCGGCGGUGGCGGCGGCGGCAACUUCGUCCGCAGCAGCUGUUGCAUCAGCAGUGAGCACGUCCGUCCCGGCGACGAUGGAGACGGCAUCGGCGACCUCCGACGCGAUAGUUUCAGCCACAGCAUCGGCAACAUCAACGGUGGCAUCAACAGCGACGGCAGCGUCGAUUUUGAUCCUGCGUGACGAUGCAAUGGGGACGGCAACAGGGUCAAGUACGAGGGCCACGGCUAUUGAGGCCAGCCCAAGCGCGGUUCCGACCGCGGGCGGCGGCGGGUGGAUGGGUGCGCACGAAACGACAGCGAGCUUAGCGCUCAUUAUUCUCGUGACCGUGGUGCGCUUUUAUUUCAGCUUCGUCGUCGUUGCACACACCCGGCAGGCUCUCCAGCGGUACGGCGACCAUGUUGCCGAAUCGGCCGCGGCCGCCGACGGCGCUCUCGACGACAGCGAAGAAUACAGCGGCGUCGAAGAGUCCAAAUACCACAACGGGGGAGAGGGAAAGAGCGAGCGCAACAAUGACAUUGACGAGGAGGAGGCGGGGCUCAAGCCAGGCUCACGGUCUACACGUGGCCGUCGCCACCGUCGGCGCAACAAGCCAUCGACAUUCCCGCGGCUGCGCCCACAGGCGCCGCUCCCGUCCAGUCCCAGUAGCACGAAUCCGUUUGCGGAGGGCUCACCCGCCGGCGAAGGCUGGAAGGGGAAGCUUGGCCGGGCUCUGGUGGGGGUGGGCCGCAACUUCUGGCUCGGACGGCAAAAAGACGACGAUUGGACGCGUGACGUCAACUCCCGCUUCCGGUCGUCGGCCACGGCGGUAUAG